UGCCCAGUGCGGCCUCGCGCACGCGCUCUCUGCAGCCUCCCCUGACCUCUGACCUGCUGGCCGACCUUCAGCCCCGGCCGCGGGGCCAGGAAGCGGAGCCCGCGACCCCGAGGCAGAGCCGCCAUGGCCAAGUACCUGGCCCAGAUCAUUGUGAUGGGGGUGCAGGUGGUGGGCAGGGCCUUCGCCCGGGCCUUGCGGCAAGAGUUUGCAGCCAGCCGGGCAGCAGCCGAUGCCCGGGGACGUGCUGGACACCAGUCUGCAGCCGCGUCCAACCUCUCCGGCCUCAGCCUGCAGGAGGCACAGCAGAUUCUCAACGUCUCCAAGCUGAGCCCUGAGGAGGUCCAGAAGAACUACGAACACUUAUUUAAGGUGAAUGAUAAGUCCGUGGGUGGCUCCUUCUACCUGCAGUCAAAGGUGGUCCGAGCGAAGGAGCGCCUGGAUGAGGAACUCAGAAUCCAGGCCCAGGAGGACAGAGAGAAAGGGCGGACACCCAAGACGUGACUGCUCGGCUCCCCCACCCUGCCCUGCCGCCUCUAAUUUAUAGCUCAGUAAUAAAUGUCUUUUCUGCA